AGGUCAGCUCAACAUCACCCCACCGGGCAGAGGUCAGCUCAACAUCACCCCACCGGGCAGAGGUCAGCUCAACAUCACCCCACCGGGCAGAGGUCAGCUCAACAUCACCCCACCGGGCAGAGGUCAGCUCAACAUCACCCCACCGGGCAGAGGUCAGCUCAACAUCACCCCACCGGGCAGAGGUCAGCUCAACAUCACCCCACUGGGCAGAGGUCAGCUCAACAUCACCCCACCGGGCACAGAGGUCAGCUCAACAUCACCCCACCGGGCACAGAGGUCAGCUCAACAUCACCCCACCGGGCAGAGGUCAGCUCAACAUCACCCCACCGGGCAGAGGUCAGCUCAACAUCACCCCCACCGGGCAGAGGUCAGCUCAACAUCACCCCACCGGGCAGAGGUCAGCUCAACAUCACCCCACCGGGCAGAGGUCAGCUCAACAUCACCCCACCGGGCAGAGGUCAGCUCAACAUCACCCCACCGGGCAGAGGUCAGCUCAACAUCACCCCACCGGGCAGAGGUCAGCUCAACAUCACCCCACCGGGCAGAGGUCAGCUCAACAUCACCCCACCGGGCAGAGGUCAACUCAACAUCACCCCACCGGGCAGAGGUCAGCUCAACAUCACCCCACCGGGCAGAGGUCAGCUCAACAUCACCCCACCGGGCAGAGGUCAGCUCAACAUCACCCCACCGGGCAGAGGUCAGCUCAACAUCACCCCACCGGGCAGAGGUCAGUUCAACAUCACCCCACCGGGCACAGAGGUCAGCUCAACAUCACCCCACCGGGCACAGAGGUCAGCUCAACAUCACCCCACCGGGCAGAGGUCAGCUCAACAUCACCCCACCGGGCAGAGGUCAGCUCAACAUCACCCCACCGGGCAGAGGUCAGUUCAACAUCACCCCACCGGGCACAGAGGUCAGCUCAACAUCACCCCACCGGGCACAGAGGUCAGCUCAACAUCACCCCACCGGGCACAGAGGUCAGCUCAACAUCACCCCACCGGGCAGAGGUCAGCUCAACAUCACCCCACCGGGCAGAGGUCAGCUCAACAUCACCCCACCGGGCAGAGGUCAGUUCAACAUCACCCCACCGGGCACAGAGGUCAGCUCAACAUCACCCCACCGGGCACAGAGGUCAGCUCAACAUCACCCCACCGGGCACAGAGGUCAGUUCAACAUCACCCCACCGGGCACAGAGGUCAGCUCAACAUCACCCCCACCGGGCACAGAGGUCAGCUCAACAUCACCCCACCGGGCACAGAGGUCAGCUCAACAUCACCCCACCGGGCAGAGGUCAGCUCAACAUCACCCCACCGGGCAGAGGUCAGCUCAACAUCACCCCACCGGCAGAGGUCAGCUCAACAUCACCCCACCGGGCAGAGGUCAGCUCAACAUCACCCCACCGGGCAGAGGUCAGCUCAACAUCACCCCACCCGGGGCAGAGGUCAACUCAACAUCACCCCACCGGGCAGAGGUCAGCUCAACAUCACCCCACCGGGCAGAGGUCAGCUCAACAUCACCCCACCGGGCAGAGGUCCAGCUCAACAUCACCCCACCGGGCAGAGGUCAGCUCAACAUCACCCCACCGGGCAGAGGUCAGCUCAACAUCACCCCACCGGGCAGAGGUCAGUUCAACAUCACCCCACCGGGCACAGAGGUCAGCUCAACAUCACCCCCACCGGGCACAGAGGUCAGCUCAACAUCACCCCACCGGGCAGAGGUCAGCUCAACAUCACCCCACCGGGCAGAGGUCAGCUCAACAUCACCCCACCGGGCAGAGGUCAGUUCAACAUCACCCCACCGGGCACAGAGGUCAGCUCAACAUCACCCCACCGGGCACAGAGGUCAGCUCAACAUCACCCCACCGGGCACAGAGGUCAGCUCAACAUCACCCCACCGGGCACAGAGGUCAGUUCAACAUCACCCCACCGGGCACAGAGGUCAGCUCAACAUCACCCCACCGGGCACAGAGGUCAGCUCAACAAUCACCCCACCGGGCACAGAGGUCAGCUCAACAUCACCCCACCGGGCAGAGGUCAGCUCAACAUCACCCCACCGGGCACAGAGGUCAGCUCAACAUCACCCCACCGGGCACAGAGGUCAGCUCAACAUCACCCCACCGGGCAGAGGUCAGCUCAACAUCACCCCACCGGGCACAGAGGUCAGCUCAACAUCACCCCACCGGGCAGAGGUCAGCUCAACAUCACCCCACCGGGCAGAGGUCAGCUCAACAUCACCCCACCGGGCACAGAGGUCAGCUCAACAUCACCCCACCGGGCACAGAGGUCAACUCAACAUCACCCCACCGGGCACAGAGGUCAGCUCAACAUCACCCCACCGGGCAGAGGUCAGCUCAACAUCACCCCACCGGGCACAGAGGUCAGCUCAACAUCACCCCACCGGGCACAGAGGUCAGCUCAACAUCACCCCACCGGGCACAGAGGUCAGCUCAACAUCACCCCACCGGGCACAGAGGUCAGCUCAACAUCUAGUUUUUAUAAAAAUGUGUUUGAGUUGUAAACUAACUUGAAAUCAACAAAAAAUUGCACCAUGUUAUUGGAUUUUAGGUAAAAGUUAGGUGGAAAAAAAGACGAAAUGUCUUUAUGUUGAUGACUUUUUGUAAAUCCAAUCAGUUUUCCACGUUGAUUAACGUCAUCACAUUGAUUUGUUGUUGUUGUUGAAAUGACAUGGAAACAACGUUCGUUCAGCCAUCAUUUACCCAGUGGGACUGCAGUACGUUGUGGUGGCAAAGGAACAGUACAGUGAAUUAAAGAUCAUCUAGAAGAUGUCUCCAUGUCUUUAUCGGAUCUGUGUCAGUGGAUUUGUUUGGAUACUUUUUUCGUCCAGAGUACAACGUUACAUCAACAACAUAGCAAACUGUGCACGGAGACUGCUUUAAUGUUGAUCUCCACCAGAGCUAUUUUAAGACGUAUGAACAAUCCUCUUUCUAAAAACAGAAGUCAACUCCGACAAUAGCUCAAACGAUUAUUGACAUGUUGGAGAAAUUACAAAUAAAAUGUCGACGUCAUGGACGCUGCUCAAUAAAUCCAAAAUGAUAUCGGUUGAUAAAAUGUAUCAGAUCUGGACUGGAACAUUCUAGCGGCUACUUGGUGAAAGUAAAUUGAUACAUGACAACCGUAACCCAAUACACUGUGGCUUUGUGAAGGACAUGACAAAUGGCCAAUGAUAUUGCAAUGAAGACUGAAGAACCGUGCCACUGCCGACCGCUGAACGACGAGAGAAGGCUUUCAAUAUGUAUCAUUUAUUCUUUCCUUUGUUGAGAAUGACAACACAACACAUUCCGUGACAUGAUUCACAAUCGGCCCGGCCAUAGGCGCAUUUCACAGUAGCCUACUUUUAUAGCUUAUAUUAUAGUAAUAAAAUGAUUUCUCCUACCAUAUACCAUAUCCCCAGGAUAACGGUGCCCGUCCGAACAUGGCAGCAGAGGCAGCAGCUAGUGGUAUACCAGCGGUCCCACGGGGAAAUCAUUGUUCUGGUUGGAGAGGUUCAACUAUUUCA